CUUUCACAAGUCAAAGACUCAAGACUCCUCGACUCUCAGGAGUAAACAACGAAAAUACUUAAAACCUCUGUAAUUUUAUGUGGAUUAAUCAGUCAUCGCGACUUUGAGGACGAAGGUUUUCUUCUUUCCGCGUCUUCUUUCUGUUGUAUCAUUCUAUCACAUUCUUCAAAUCAAAAGAUGGAAGUUUGCCCGUCAAGAUCCAUGUUCAUUGUUUUAGUGAUACUUUUAUCAAUCCUGAAAGUAGCAGUUGGAAUUAGAUUUGUGAUCGACAGGGAAGAGUGCUUUUCUCAUAAUGUUGAAUAUGAAGGAGAUACGGUUCACUUUUCCUUUGUUGUGAUUAAAGCUGACGGACCAUGGCACUAUAGUGAUGAUGGAGUAGAUCUUGUGGUGAAGGGGCCUUCUGGUGAUCAAAUUCGUGACUCUCGUGACCAGACAAGUGAGAAGUUUGAGUUUACAGCUCACAAGAAAGGGCUUCACAGUUUCUGCUUCACUAACAAGUCUCCUUAUCAUGAAACCAUAGACUUUGAUAUACAUGUUGGCCAUUUUACUUACUUCGAUCAGCAUGCUAAAGAUGAGCACUUCAACCCCUUACUGGAACAGAUUGCGAAAUUAGAGGAAUCUCUUUAUAACAUCCAGUUUGAGCAGCAUUGGCUGGAGGCUCAGACUGACCGCCAAGCACUAGUAAAUGAAGGAAUGAGUCGGAGGGCAAUACAUAAGGCCGUGUUUGAAUCUGCAGCACUCAUAGGAGCCAGCGUUCUCCAAGUCUACCUCCUCCGUCGCUUAUUUGAACGGAAGCUUGGCACAUCUAGAGUUUAGAUUCAGAAGUAGGCCAUUUAUUGGUUAUAAAAUUUAAAGGUUUUUCCUACACAGGUAAUUUUAUUCUCUUUCUAGAAAAAAAUGGAUAUAAAAAAGUUGUGUAGCUUAUUCCUUAAUGGAGUUUCCCAUCAGGAAGAGACAUGUACAAUGGCUAAUUUCUCAUGGGGCUUUACUUGGUUGGAAUGAUUUAAUCAUAAAAAGCUUGUACCUUUGAAUUUCUGAUGUUGUGGAUCUCUAUUCUUGGAGUUA